ACUGGCUACAUUACAGUACUACACACAUCUUUGUUUGUACUGCGUAUGAAGCAUCAUGCUUUAUGUGGAUAUUAGCCUACUGUGAUUCACAGUUUGUAAUCUAGGGCGACGUUCUUCAGAAAAGUCUCAGCUGGUCAACUAGAUUGCAACCAACCCAAGUUAGUUGACAACUGAGAGAAUGCGCGUGCUAACGUUUGCGUCAUAGCCAUAACCCGGACGUGAAGAGCUCUGGGGAAAAACUCCGAUCCGGUCGAAGAAAAGACCAAGGAGAGCGACCGCUUCCGCUCCACAGCCAAGAGACGCCGCGGCAGCACAAAGACGGACCAGCGCUAAGCAGGCGGCCGGCCACACACACACACACACACACACACACACACACCUCCAGACGGGGAGACGAGACGCGAGACAUCUGGGCCAGCCAUGGCACAUCCAGCCCUCACAGAUGCCUGAUGCACUUUGAUCUCACCCAGGGUUGAAGGAGUGAACUGUGUGUGUGUGUGAGGACAGAGCGGAUUCCUUGAGCACCAGCGCGUACCCCCACACCACCCCUGCACCCCCCCACACCCCCACAUCUGCUGGGAGUGCUCUCAGUCUGGCGUGCUGGAGAAGGGGACCAGCUUCUGGAGCUCAGCAGUGGCGGAGGCUGUGUGUGUGUGUGAGAGAGCGGGAGAGAGAGUGUGGAGCUGCCUAGAAAGUGUGUGUGUGAAAGAGGAAAAUAGUGUGUGUGUGUGUAGAAGACUGAGCGAGAGGGGGUGAGUGUGUGAGUCUUCUCCCUGUGUGUGUGUGCGUGUGUGCGUGAGUGUGUGUGUGGUAGAGGGACAGAGGGUGUGUGUGUGUGGGGAUAGGGUCCUCUGCAGGCCGGUGCUGUGGCCCCUGCUCCCCCCCUCUUCAAAGCUGGCGAUGUCCAGGGUUCCGAGUCCGCCACCGCCGGCUGAGAUGUCCAGCGGCCCUGUGGCCGAAAGCUGGUGUUACACUCAGAUCAAAGUGGUGAAGUUCUCCUACAUGUGGACCAUCAACAACUUCAGCUUCUGUCGAGAGGAGAUGGGCGAGGUCAUCAAAAGCUCCACCUUCUCCUCAGGAGCCAAUGACAAACUCAAAUGGUGUUUGCGAGUGAACCCCAAAGGGCUGGACGAGGAGAGCAAAGACUACCUGUCCCUCUACCUGCUCCUGGUCAGCUGUCCCAAGAGCGAGGUCCGCGCCAAGUUCAAGUUCUCCAUCCUCAACGCCAAGGGAGAGGAGACCAAAGCCAUGGAGAGCCAGAGGGCUUACCGCUUCGUACAGGGCAAGGACUGGGGCUUCAAGAAGUUUAUAAGGCGGGACUUCCUGCUGGACGAGGCCAAUGGAUUGCUCCCGGAUGACAAGCUCACCCUGUUUUGUGAGGUGAGCGUGGUGCAGGACUCGGUGAACAUCUCGGGCCAGAACACCAUGAACAUGGUGAAGGUGCCGGACUGCAGGCUGGCGGACGAGCUGGGCGGUCUGUGGGAACACUCGCGCUUCACCGACUGCUCGCUCUGCGUCGCCGGACAGGAGUUCCAGGCCCACAAGGCCAUCCUGGCAGCUCGCUCUCCUGUCUUCAGUGCGAUGUUUGAGCAUGAGAUGGAGGAGAGUAAAAAGAACCGUGUGGAGAUUAACGACGUGGAGCCGGAGGUGUUCAAGGAGAUGAUGUGCUUCAUCUACACGGGGAAGGCUCCCAACCUGGACAAGAUGGCCGACGACCUGCUCGCAGCUGCCGACAAGUAUGCUCUGGAGCGUCUGAAGGUGAUGUGUGAGGACGCUCUGUGCACGAGCCUGUCGGUGGAGAACGCCGCCGAGAUCCUCAUCCUGGCCGACCUGCACAGCGCCGACCAGCUCAAGACGCAGGCCGUCGACUUCAUCAACUACCAUGCGUCGGACGUGAUGGAGACGUCGGGCUGGAAGUCCAUGGUGGGCUCCCACCCUCACCUGGUGGCCGAGGCCUACCGCUCGCUGGCCUCUGCCCAGUGCCCCUUCCUGGGCCCUCCCCGCAAGCGCCUCAAGCAGUCCUAGUUCCGCUGCCCCCGCCCUUCCCUCGUCCCCACCCCGACGACCUCCGCCCACCCGCACCCCUCCUGCCCUUUCACAGCCCAGAGUGACCUGCUGAUCUAAAGGGAGAGAGUGGCCGAUGCCCUGUUGAAGAUGCCCCACCCCC